AUGGACCAGUACCACUUCUCCUUCGACAUCAGCGCCAUGGAGAAGGGGGAGCAGAUGCUGAAGGCCGAGUUCAGGGUCUUCAAGCUGAAGAGGACACACAUCUCUAGAAGGGCUGACCUGAAACACUUCUGCAAAGUGGAAGUGUAUGAGCUCCUGGAGGGUGGAAACAAACCACGGAAAAAGCAUCUCAUUGCGUCGAGGUUGUUGUCCCUGUACACAGAAGGCUGGGAAGUGUUCAACGUCACGCAGACGGUUUCCAAGUGGGUUGGAGACAGCAGCUCCAACCAUGGCUUUUUGAUAACUACCACACACGUGUUCAACAACAGGAUUGAGCACAACCUGGUGAAGUUUGCCAAGAGCCAGGGCGCUGUGCAGGAGAGCAGAAACGCUCUCCUGGUCCUCUUCACCAACAGCAACAAACGGAGGGCGUCCAGCUUUGUACCUUCUUCCACCAAACCGGAGAUGAACCCUGCCAGGAACGACGCUCCACGUGUGCCCCGUGAAACACAGCUGGUGGGAAGCCUGAGCAGGAGCCCUCGAGCUGCUGCAGACCCUGCUGCCAAAAGCCAGGUGCCAGCGUGCCAUCGAAGGGAGCUCUACGUUGACUUCCGUGCCAUCGGCUGGUCGGGCUGGAUCAUUUACCCCAGUGGAUACAACGCGUUUUACUGCCGAGGGUCCUGUCUCUUCCCCUUGGGGGAAAGUCUCAACGCGACCAACCACGCCACGGUGCAGUCCAUAGUCCAUACCCUCAAACUGGCCCAGGAUGUCAGCACGCCCUGCUGCGUGCCCGAUGAACUCAAGUCCCUCAACCUUCUCUACUUCGACGACAAGGAGAAUGUGGUCCUUAAAAAUUACAAAGACAUGGUGGCGACGAGGUGUGGUUGUCAUUAGGAGGACCUUUUUCUGACACGUGCACCUGGAUUCAGUUCCCCAUUUGCCAUUACCAAGGGAAGUGGCAUUUUAAGAUUCCAGGGUGGGAGAACCAGAAACUCAACUGUGCUUCAAAUCCUUCUCCUCUCUCCAUGGCUGUGUGGAACGGUGUUUAAAGCUGGUCUUUUGAGGAGCCACGAGCUUCUGGAGGGUGUGCUGACCUCCACGGAGAGCUCUUUGAGUGCCUGUCCACUAGAGGAAACCAUUAAAACCAGGAACUUGCAAUGUGAAGGAGCUGAAACACAGUAAUUGAGGGUUCAAAUUAAGGUCUUGUUCUGUGUAUGGAGGAGAGGAAUUUCCUAUGAUUUAUCAGGCCUGGUCUCCUGCUUCAACCCAGGACGGGGUGCGGGUCUCUCAGUGACACAACCUCAUCCAGUUUUGACUGCACAACCCAGGAGGGAUGUGAACUCCUACACAGAACUUUCAGAAGAGUUU